AUGCCUGCCAUCCAUGCACCCCCGAAAUUGCCAACGCCGGCCGGGUGCCGCUCAGUUUUCGCGCCACCGGUGGCCGCAGGUCAUGCACUUGUAGAAGCUCGUCAUGGGCUCGUCGGCACUGCGGAUCUGGACUUGGAAGAAGGCGGCCUCGUCACCGUCGCAGCCAUCGGCUGGGCAUUGGACCCGACCCUUUUGCGCGUUGUCCCAGGCGCCGGGCCCGCCGAAGACGUCCUCCUUUUCCUUUCGCUCGUAGACGCGGCGCGAGAAGACGGGAUCGGUGAUGAGCAGCAUCGUAGCGGGUCGUGGGAGAAGGAGGAGGAGAAGGAGGAGGAGGAGGAGGAGGAGGAGGAGGAGAAGGAGGAGGAGAAGGAGGAGGAGAAGGAGGAGGAGAAGGAGGAGGAGAAGGAGGAGGAGAAGGAGGAGGAGGAAGAGGAAAAGGAAGAGAAGGAAGAAAGAAAAAAGAAGGAAGAGGAGGAGGAGGAAGAGGAGAAGAAAGAGGAGGAGGAAGAGGAAAAGGAAGAGGAGGAGGAAGAGGAAAAGGAAGAGAAGGAGGAAGAGGAAAAGGAAGAGGAGGAGGAAGAGGAAAAGGAAGAGGAGGAGGAAGUAGUGGUGCAACUCCAGGAGAAUAUGCGUCAAGUUUUCGUGCUCGCAUUUGCACCUGCCAUGGAGGUUGGGGCUUCAACUGUAUUUCACUGCCGAUUUUCUACCGAAACUGUUGAGGCGAAGACUGUGACCAUGACGCUAUACAUGUACGCUAUAGUGCUUGCCUCUAUUCUCCUCCAUACUGUAUCCGUACACCGCAUUUGGUCUGCCGAUGCCGCCAGCCCCUCCCCCACCAUCCUGUCUGUACUCCCUCUCGUCAACGCGGCCUCGAACCCAUUCUCCGGUCCCGUCGCCCACCGCAAACGAGGCACCAGCGUCCUGCCGCCGGCAAUCCCAAUGGCCGCCGAGGAAGAGCAUGAGGGCGCUUCCGUCCAGGAGCAGCUCGUCGAGGCCUGCCGCCGAAACAACGUCGAUCUCCUCCGCGAAAUCCUCGCCGACAGACCAGACGCCGAGAUUACUCGCCUUCUGAACGCUACCACUACCGUGCUCGGCACUCACCUCUACCACGAGGCUGCCUCUCAUGGUCACUGUACGACCUCCCCCCCCCCCUUUCUCUCGUCUCACCAUGUGCUCGUGGCGAGUAAGAAAAAAAAACACCUUUGCCGGGAAAGCUGCAACGCUAACGUCGGCGCGCGACCAUGUCUAGACGAGGUCAUUGACUUCCUCCUCGACCAGCCCGACUUCGAGUGCGACCCAAUCACCCGCAUCGAGCGCGACACUCCCCUCCAUACCGUCAUCCGAUGGCUCAACGCCGAGCCCCCCGCCCAGCAGCCGUUUGGUAUAGCCCUGAUCCAGAUGAUGCUCGAGGCCGGCUCCAACACACGGGUCCGCAACAAGGCUCGCCUCACACCCCUCCAGCUCGUCGACCCCGCCAACAAACCCCUCCGAGACCUCAUCGAGAAACACGAGUACGCGAGCCAAAACGCUGGCGACUUCAUCGAGCCUCAUGACGCUCCCAAGAAGGCUGCGACGAACCUCUUCGACGUUGGCGGCCGUGACGCCCCCGACGACGAUGCCGAAUUCAGCGGCAGUGACGAGGAGGAGCGCGCAGAGUGGGAGCGCAGGAGAAGGGGCAAGAAGGGCAGGGCAUAG